AUGCAGCCAUUCUGGAGUUCCGACUUUUUCCGUCGACCGUUCUUGUGGAGCCGGUGCCUGCAACUUGGUGGUCGGCGCUGUCCUUCCAAAGCCGCAGCAGAAGCACACAGUGCGCAUGAGUGGCCGCACGAGGACGCAGAGCUGGCGCUCCACGCUGCCAAGGACAACACAUCUGCGUGCGAAGCAAGGCUCAAGGCGGCUUCCGAGGCCGUGUGCAAUACCAAAGCUGCGCUGAGCCUGCGGCUGAAGGAGCAGAAAGAUGGUGAUGAAGGCAUCGUGAAAGUGCGCGCCGACAAGGAGCUGCUGGAAAGCACCAGGGCCGAGUGCUACGAGAAGCUGAAGUCCGGGUCGGUGGUGGGCAAGGAGGCGAAGCCGUUGCUGAAGAAGCUCGAGCUCAUCAUCAAGCAGACGUCUGCAGACGCUUCGCUCAUCACUGCCGCGCCUACUACUCUUGUGAAGCCACCCCAGGAGCGUGGGGGCUUCGACCAGAUUGUUCUGGAGCAGCUGGAGGCCAACUUCGCGGCCAAGUUGGCAGAGUUCGAGGCGCAGCUGGCGGUUGCUGCGCCUUCAGCUGCCGAGCGUGCAGCCGAGGUGCAGAAGGCUGAAGAUGGACAUCAAGCUGCGGAGUCGAAGCAGAAAGAAGUGUCCGUCGAACUCUGCGCUCUCAAAGAGGCGCAGAAGGAGGCAGCAGCUGCGGUGGCAGCUGCGAAGAAAGCCGCGGCAGACUACAAGGUCGAGUACCAGACAGCUACGCAAACGAGAGACGCCAAGAAGGCCGAGCUGGAAACCUAUGUGGAUGAAAGCCUAGCCACCUUCAAGGAGCUGAAGGAUCGCAUCUCUGCGAAGAAGCGCCGAGAGCUGGCGAAGGCCGCAGAGGAGGCCGCAGCCAAGGCGGCCUCGGCUGAGGCCCCGCCCGAGGCGGAGCAGGUGGAGGCCUAA